CUUAAAAAGAAAAUCAGCUGAAAGCUUCUCCUUACAAUAUCUCAACAGAAUCAGAUUCUAAAGAAGAAAAUUUUUUUCUUCAGGUUCGUUUCUAUUUUUCUCGUACUCGAAUCAGAAUCCAAAACCCACAUUUUAAAAUCUUUUACUUCUUCAGAAUUCUCCAUUUUUCUCUUGUUUUUUAGUGUCAAGAGAACAAACGAAGGCUCCUGGAGUUGAAUUUAAGGGGAUGAUCUUAAUUGUUGGGAUAUUAAUCGGAUCGUUUCAGUGAUAAAAAGUGAAAGCUUUUGAGCAAUGGAAGGAACAGUGUUUACUCCUUCUUUAGAAGGAAUGCAGCAUAUCAAAUCUCCCCAAGGGGAAAUGCUUACGAAGCCUUUCCUGGAAGUCUGCAAAUUGGUUUUGCCAGUCAUAGAUAAGUUUGGAACUGCUAUGACCCUUGUAAAGAGUGAUAUUGGCGGUAACAUAUCGAGGUUGGAAAAAAAAUACCAAUCUGAUACCACUAAAUACAACUACUUGUACAAUAUGGUGAAAGAAGAGGUUGAAUGUAAAACAGCGAAAGGAUCAUCUAGUUGUACCAAUGGUCUUCUUUGGUUGACAAGAGCAAUGGAUUACCUUGUAGAAUUGUUCCGCAACUUACUUGCACAUCCAGAUUGGACAAUGGCAGAAGCUUGUACAGACUCCUAUGGCAAGACCCUGAAAAAAUUUCAUGGCUGGAUUGCUAGUUCAAGUUUCACAGUUGCUAUGAAGCUGGCUCCAGAUAGGAAGAAGUUCAUGGAAGUGAUAGCUGGCUCGGGAGAUGUUAAUGCUGACAUGGAGAAAUUUUGUUCUUCUUUCUCUCCAUUUCUUGAGGAGAAUCACAAGUUUCUGGCUAACUUUGGUUUGGAUGAUAUGAAGGCUUGAUGACAGAAGCUGUUUAUUCACAAGUGGAGAAAAGGCUUCUAUUUACUUCUAUUUCUAACUUUUUCGAUCUUGCCUUCAGCUUUUAAAGCUUCGUAUUAUUUAAAUAAUUAACGACUUUAAACCUUUACCAGUUGUUACCCUUGUUUCAAUCUCUUUCAAUCCAGUAGUACUUAUUUUUGGUUA